AUGAACACUCCAUGGAAAGUCGUUAAUUCCCCUUCGCCAGUUCCGAGUCCCACCAAGCUGUCCCACGGUUUCACCAUCCAGGCACCAUCCUCCUCCGACAUGUGGGGAACUCCAACAGGCCCGGUCUUCACCUCCCCUAUGGGCGGCUUGGCACUUAUAAUCCAUCGGCCUGACGCAACCCGCGCAUGGGUCAAGGCAGGCCCGGGGUUUAUCAACGGGGAGCAGCUUGUCUGUGUUGCUGGGAGGGACAGGCUACCUGAUUCGAGUCUAGGGACUUCGAUUAUGGCCAGUUCUGAUGGAAAUGCUGAGGUGACGAUCGAGAUGGCGAGAGAUGACACUGGCCUGGCUGUGUUUGAAAUUCAGGCGGAGGGAUCGGGUCCCGAGAGGAAAAGAGUCAUUCGAGAGACGGCGUGGGUGUUUGCAGGUAGUGGAAAUGAAGAGUGCUGGAUUGGAGCGUAUGCAGCCAAACCACUGGGGGAUGCGAAGGAUCCUGAUAUAGUGGUGAGAUUCAGAGAUUUGGUUGUUGAGAUCUUAGUGAUACUCAGGGAUUUCCUCUUCCAACAUACAGUGCGAGUCCUUCGAAAGGCGGCUGCUAUCCCAGACGACAAGCAGCGGGAAAUGUUGGAUAACAUUCUUGUACGGUGGGAGUAG